UCCCCGCCUCCUCACCCCAGGCCGCGGCUCCUCCUUCCUUUGCAGUUCUCCGAGGCUUUCAGGAUCCGCGGUUCGCGGCAUGGGCGCCGACCCCGAGCUGGGGGCCGUGGCUGGCAGCUCGCUGCUGCUGUGCACCGCGCUGCUGGCGGCAGGCAGCGCACUGGGCCUGUGCUUGGGCCGCGGGCGGGGGGCUGCGGACCGCGGGGCGCUCGCCUGGCUGUGCUAUGAUGCCCUGGUGCACCUUGUGCUGGAAGGCGCUUUUGUCUACUUGUCCUUAGUAGGAACUGUUGCCAAUUCCAAUGGCUUGAUUGCAUCUUUAUGGAAAGAAUAUGGCAAAGCUGAUUCAAGGUGGCUUUAUCUUGAUCCAACCAUUGUGUCAGUGGAAAUUUUGACUGUUGUCUUGGAUGGGUUUCUGGCAUUGGUCCUUAUUUAUGCCAUAGUCAAAGAGAAAUAUUACAGGCAUUUCGUACAAGUUACCCUGUGCAUAUGUGAACUAUAUGGAGACUGGAUGACCUUCUGCCCAGAGUGGCUUAUGGGAAGCCCUAACCUCAAUACCAACAGUUGGCUGUACUUUUGGGUCUACCUAGUAUUUUUUAAUGGUGUGUGGGUUCUAAUUCCAGGACUGCUGCUGUGGCAGUCAUGGCUAGAACUCAAGAAAAUGCAUCACAAAGGAACCAUUGUAGAGAAAAAGAAAAAGUCUUGGUAAAUUUUCAAAAUCAUGAGCACUACCACCUUUCUUUCUUCUUUGUUUGUUUCUUUCUUUCUUUCUUUUUUCUUUCUUUCUUUCUUUCUUUCUUUCUU